UACAUAAGAUCCGAUGGGCGCGCCCAAAAAUGCAAUAUGCGUUAUCUGAGAUCAUCCAAACUCAUUAUAUACUUUACACUUCCUUCUUCUUCUCCAUUUAUCUCCCCCUUUAUCUCUCUCUUUAUCUGAAUUCAGAAUUGCAGAGACGAAGUUCCUCAUUUUGGGUUGAAAAUUUGAAAAAAAAAAUCGUGUUGAAAGUUUCUGAUGAGUUUUAUUGGUUGAUUUGCUGAAAUGGGAGUGUUUAAUUUCACUGUGAUUCCGGUUCUAGAUGACGACCCACAUUCUCAUUCAUCAAAAUCUUGUCAUAAUAUGAUGGAGAAGGGACUGAAAUCAAGUCAUUUACUAGUUAAAGAGAAGAACAACAAAAAAGAAAAAAUCAGCAAGUCUAAAGCUACUAGUAGUGCUGCAGCACCAAUGAAGUUUUGUGUAUGUGCACCCCCCACCCACCCAGACUCAUUCAAGUGUCGUCUUCACCGAGCCACUGCUUCAUCUUGCACCAGAACUGUUUCGUCGUCAACAUCAAAGAAGCCUUGCUUAUGUGCACCCGUCACCCACCCUGGCUCAUUCAAGUGUAGCCUUCACCGAGCCACUGCUUCAUCUCACAUAAGAAACGUUUCAUCGUCGGCUAAUCACACAAAUGGCGUCAAAUAUACAAAAAACUUGAAUCCCUUAAAACUAGCUGCGCCAUCACAAAGUGGCGGAAUCAGAAAUUCUAGCAAGGGGAAUGUUCGUGGGAAGCCUAAACUAUCGAGAUUCGGUAGGGCUGCUCUUGCUCAUGCUGCUGCUGCUGCAACUUCUAGUGUACAAAUUCAACCAAUUUCUGCAGCCUUUGGACAAAUGAGUCUUAGUUAGAGAGCCAAAAGAUGGGCAAAAAAAGAAAAUAGAAAAGCUCAAGAUCAAGAUUCUGCUUUUUAAAGAAGUUGAUUAAUGAUUACUAGAUCUUGCUUAUUGCUCUGUAAAUACAACAGUUAGUUAACAAAAAAAAAAAGGAUUACUAUAUAAUUGUAAAUAUCCUUUUCUCUUUACUUGGGGAUGGCUUUGUAAAUAGAGACAUAAUCAAGACCUGCAGCUACACUCAAGUUUUUAGUACUGAGUGUCUUGUUAUUAAUGCUGUCUUUAACUUGACUGCAAAUAUCCAUA